UCACUUUGUGUUAGUUAGAUGCAGCCCUCUCUCUCUCCCUCUCCAGUUUUCGAGUGUGUCUAUUCCUUGCUGUUACACGGCUGUGCCCACACCACUCACCACAGUCCUUUGGUUUGCUGUGCAGAUGUUUAUUACUCCGUGUAGGUGAUUAAGUGCUCCCUGCAGAUGGCAUAAAAAAUGUUGUGAACCUGCCCACACCCCCAAACAGACAUGGAGCUCAGCGUGGAGAUUCUGCGUUGGAUGUGUGGUGGAAUCCAAGCAAUAUGCUGGACAAUAGAUCACCUAUUGUAUUGCUUUAUUAUCAUGUCAGUUAUUGGGUUGAUAAUGCAUUGCAUAUGCAAAGAUCCCUCCUUACCUGAGAACAUAUUAAUAUCUAAAGAGGGAAAAGGGGAUAACAUUACUGGAGAACAAACGAUUGAAGCGAAUGAAGAUUCCUUUGGUAUAACAAAGACAGAAGACCUUAGGAAGCUCAUAGAGAAUCAAGCCAAUAAGCACAUUGUUACCAGCCUUGUUGAUCCUCUGCACCAGAGUAAUGGAAAAAAAAGACUUACUGCUUUGAUUGAACAUAGUAAAGAUGAAGAUUUUCCUUGGAGUGAUAUCCUGUAUGUAGACAACCCAGCCGAAGAAUUUGACAUCUACACAAGUAUGAGCGAAGGAGACCAGGGGGAUCUGAGGUGGAGGGAUACUGACAACACAAAACAACAUGGCAGUGAUGAAGAGGAUCUCUACCGCAGUGUGGAUGACAUUAAGCAAAGUCAGCUCAUGCUCAGCUUUGCUCCAAAAUGUGACCUUAUUUUACACAAUGAAAGUAAAGAAGAGACUGAUAAAGUGGAGGCUGUCAGUACUGAGUGGUCAAUAUUAAAUUCUGAAAACAUGAAGAAAGAUAAUUAUUUCCAAUUGAGGAAAGUCACAUGCGAAGCACUGAUCAGAGGCAAGUCGCUACCAUCUUGGAUAGUAACUGAGGAGAUGUCACAGAUUCCCCGAAGGUUGUCCCAAGAGGGCUAUGCCUGGAUAAAUCAGUGGUGUUUUGAACAUAAGAUCGGUGGAAACCCUGUUCAAAAGCUACAGUCAUGUUUGGAAACAUUGGAGAAGAAGUGGUUAGCAAUAUGCUGCAUACAUAGUGAGACUGAACGAGCAGAAGCAUGUGGAAAUCUGCUCAAGGAUGAAACGACAGAACAAAGAAUGUACGAAGCCGUGAAGUUUCUAAUGUUGUAUAAAGCCAUUCACCUUUACAAUGACAUGGAAAACGGAAGAAAGGUCCCUGAAUUUUGCAAGCAUCUGUUUGCCAGGAAUACUUCAUUUUCCCCGUACCAUCUGAUGGUCAACCAUCUAAAUUGGAUUGGCUACAGCAGUGGCUUGGAAGAGACUGAAAUGGAGCUUCUGAGACACACGUUGGAAACUACGAUUAGUGGCUACUUUGUGGACUGUCCAGAUCAUUGACCAUCUCGAACAUUGGGACAUAUUAUUACAUCUUUACUGAACAAAUAUGUGUGUGACUGAAGGGAUGCUUAGGCUGUGCAGAUUUCACCAGGAAAUUAACAAGUGACAUUCCACAAUUCCAGUUGAGUUCCUCUACGGUUCCUGUUUUCUAAGCUGUGUUUUGUUUUGAUCAAAGUUUGUACACAAUUAUUUGAAAUGUCAACUGUGAUUUUUUACCAGACUGGAUUGUCUGCUACAAUGUGGAAGUUAAUCUGAAUCCUUUUGUAACUGCUUGUUAUUUUGUUACAUUUCUUUACUAUUUCUGAUCAAACAGGUCAGAAUACCACAUACCAGUAAAUAUAAACACACAGUUAAUUGCAAAUGUAUCAUCUAAUCUGCAAAAUAAAUGCAAUACCAGAUCAUUGGCAAAAUGCAAA